GCAAUGCCAAAUUUCACAGAUGUGACAGAAUUUGUUCUUAUGGGGUUGACCAGUCAUCAGGAGCUUCAAAUUCUAUUUAUUGUGGUGUUUCUAGUGGUUUACGUGCUCACUCUGACAGGGAACAUUGGUAUGAUUGUUUUGAUCAGCAUCAGCCUCCAGCUUCAGAGCUCCAUAUACUUUUUCUUGAGUCAUUUGUCUUUUGUGGAUAUGUGGUUCUCUUCCAAUGUCACUCUGAAGAUGCUGGAAAACUUACUAUCAGAGACAAAAACUAUUUCCUAUGUGGGGUGUUUCGUGCAGUGUUACUUCUUCAUAGCCCUUGUCCACGUGGAAGUAUAUAUCUUGGCUGUGAUGGCCUUUGAUCGCUACAUGGCCAUCUGCAACCCUCUGCUUUAUGGCCGUAAAAUGUCCAGGACUGCUUGUGCUCGUCUCAUCUCCUUGCCAUACAUCUAUGGAUUCUCUGUUAGCCUAACCUGCAUACUGUGGACAUAUGGCCUGUACUUCUGUGGAAGCUUUGAAAUCAACCACUUCUAUUGUGCUGACCCUCCUCUUAUCAAGAUUGCCUGUGGAGGGGUCCACAUUAAAGAACGCACCAUGAUUGUUAUUGCUGGGAUUAAUUUCACAUAUUCCCUCUCAGUGUUUCUCAUUUCCUGUACCCUCAUCAUAGCAGCUGUGCUGCACAUGCGCUCUGCCAAUGGCAGGAGGAAGGCAUUCUCCAUGUGUGGGUCCCACCUGGCAGUUGUUACCAUGUUUUAUGGGACUCUCCUCUCCAUGUAUCUCAGGAGGCCCACUGAAGAGUCUGUGGAGAAGGGGAAGAUGGUGGCUGUGUUUUACACCACAGUGAUUCCCAUGCCGAAUCCCAUGAUCUACUGUUUGAGGAACAAAGAUGUGAAAGAGGCGGUCAACAAAGCAAUCGGGAAGGCAAACUUGGGGCAGUGA